UUAUUCUCUAAAGAUGGCAGCAUAAUCGCAAUUUAAAAUGUUCAGACUAGAAAAAAAUGAGAGCAACAUAAAAUUUAUUUUGAAUAACAUUUGUUUGUCUGUUUCGGUAAAUGUUGUUCAUUUGAGUUCUUUAAAUAGCAGUGCUAUUACUUAUAUUUUGUAUCUUUUAACGUGUAAAAAAUUUUCUAUAUUUUAAAAUAUUCAAGACGUGUCAAAUAUCUAACCCUGUUUUCUAUGGAGUGAAAGAAAUUUAGACCUCAAAUUACUACAAAUUUAGUUUUUUCUUAAUAUUGUUAAAUUGUUAAACAAAACGUGAAUAAGUAAUGGAAGUUAUCCAAUUAGGAAGUUCGUCUGAUGAUGAUAAUGAUUUGUAUUUAAAUUCUGUUAUUAAGCUGAAAGCCUUGAAACAAAAGCGAAUGUCCCCACAACAGAAUGAACUAGAGAAUGAAGAGAACGACAAAAAGAAUAAAGAAUUAUGCACAUGUGAUAAAAUUAAGAAAGUGCAACAUAACAAAACUGUACCAAAACAAAAAACAAGGAAUAAAAGAUCUACGCGUCGAUCAGUGAGACAAAGACAAAGAAGAAAUGCAUCAGAAACAGAUUCAGAUCUAGAAAUUGUUUCUGUAGAAGAACAAUCAAAAUCGCCCGAAAAUGAUAUAUUGAUAAUUGAAAAUAAUAUACAGGAAGAUCCAUAUUCUAACGAGAUUGAAAAUUAUGAAAUAAAUAUUAAAAUUCUCUGGCGAUCAAAGGACGUACAUCGUUUAAAUAUUUGUAGAAAUGAAAACUUCCAACAAAUUUUUGAGUAUUUUGCUAAUUUAGAACAAGUUUCAGUGGAUGAAAUUUUAAUAACAAAAGGAGAUAAAACUAUUAAAAAGAAUGAUACUCCAGCUUCAAUAAAUUUGUCUGUAAUAGACAUACUCGAGGGAGGUAUUGUUAAGAAAAAUAAUACUACACUUCAAAAAACUAUAAACAAUGAAGACACUUGUAUAAUAAAAAUACAAACAACAAGCAAGAAAAGUCUAAUUGUUUCUGUCAAACGAAAUGAACAUUUCAAAAGGUUAUUAGAAAAAUGUGUUGAAGAAUUUAAUGUUGAAGAAUCAAAAAUUAAACUGUAUUUUGAUGGAGAAUUAAUUGAAGCUACAAAUACACCUGAUUCAUUAGAAAUAGACGAUGAAGCCUGUUUUGAUCUUCAAUUAUCUUCUUAGUUCAUAGAGUUAGUCCUAUUUAUAAAAGAUAGAUUUGAUAAAUAAUAUAAUUUAUAUCUGUUUCUAAUUAAUUAUUUGUUCCAUGUAAAAGAAAUUACCAAAUUGAUCAAUUUAUAAACUUUUUUGAAAAUACAUAAAAUAUUAAUUAAUAGUUUCUAUGUAAGAAAAGAAAUACAUAAUACAAAAAAUAUAAAAAUUAGUUAUAAUGUGUAUUGAAAAUGUAAACUUGAUGCCUGUUAAAGUAAAUAUAAUAAACUUGUAUGUUCAACCAAAA